CACGUCAUCAUCUUCUUCCUCUGUUUUAUACAAUCCCCAGAUCUAAAAAACCUCACACCUCAACAAUGGAAGAAUCAUCAUCUUCAUCUCCUCAACAAACCCUAAUCUUCAUCAUCACCACCUCCCUCAUCCUAAUCCUAACCCUCUCUCUCAAACUCCUCACCAAACCAAAACCCAAACUCCUCCCUCCUUCUCCACCUUCCUCACUCCCAAUCAUCGGCCACCUCCGUCUCCUCAAACCACCGAUCCACCGCGUUUUCCUCUCCGUCUCUAAAUCACUCAACGAUUCUCCGAUCUUCUCCCUCCGUCUCGGUAACAAACUCGUCUUCGUCGUCUCUUCUCGCUCCAUCGUCGACGAAUGUUUCACUAAAAACGACGUCGUUUUAGCGAACCGUCCCAAAUCGAUUGCUUCGAAACACAUCUCUUAUAAUUACUCCUCUAUGGUCUCUGCUCCUUAUAGUGAACAUUGGAGAAACCUCCGCCGUAUCGGCGCCGUCGAGAUUUUUUCCAGUCACCGUCUUAAUAGCUUUUCCUCUAUCCGCCGCGACGAGAUCCGCCGUCUUAUCGCUCGUCUCUCUCGAUCUCAGAACUCUUCACUCGAAUUUGCUAAGGUUGAGAUGAAUUCAAUGUUAUCUAACUUAGCAUUCAACAACAUCCUAAGAAUGGUGGCUGGAAAAUGUUACUACGGAGACGGAGCAGAGGAUGAACCGGAGGCUAAACUUGUACGGCAGCUUAUCGCUGAGGCGAUGAGUUGUUUUGGUGCCGGACAUGUGGCUGAUCAUUUACCGGUCUUGAGAUGGGUCACGGGUUUCGAGAAACGGGUAAAGAAGAUUGCUCGUAGGCUUGAUGAGUUCUUCCAAAGAUUGGUCGAUGAGAAACGAGCUGUGAAAAUGAAGAAGAAGGAGAACACGAUGAUCGAUCACUUGCUUUCGUUGCAAGAAUCUCAACCUGAGUACUACACUGACCAUAUGAUCAAAGGAACCAUGCUCUCUCUUAUACUUGCGGGGACUGAUACAUCAGCAGUAACAUUGGAAUGGACAUUAUCGAACCUAUUGAACCAUCCCGAAGUACUAAAAAAGGCGAGAGAUGAAAUCGACAGUAAAAUUGGUUUAGAGAGGUUUGUAGAAGAAUCAGACAUCUCAAACCUUCCUUAUCUUCAGAACAUCAUCUUCGAAACAUUGCGGUUAUACCCUCCCGGGCCUUUGUCAGUCCCGCACGUCGCAUCGGACGAUUGUAAAAUAGGGGAAUACGAUAUGCCGCGUGGUACGAUGUUAUUAGUAAACGUAUGGGCUAUACACAGAGAUCCUAACUUAUGGGAUGAUCCCGCGAGUUUCAAGCCAGAGAGGUUCGAGAAAGAAGGAGAGAGUCAGAAACUAAUAACGUUUGGGUUAGGGAGAAGGGCGUGUCCUGGUUCCGGACUAGCUCAACGGCUCGUAAGCUUAACUCUUGGGUGUCUGAUUCAAUGUUUUGAGUGGGAGAGGGUUGGAGAAGAAGAGGUUGAUAUGAGUGAAUGUGGAGGACUCACGAUGCCUAGAGCUAAACCUUUGGUAGCCAUGUGCAGAUCACGGGACUUUGUUGGUAAAGUCAUACACGAGUCUUCAUAAAAUGUAAUAUUUCAUGACAAUAAAAACGAUAUACACAUGACAAAAUCGUUUAGGACAACACAAAUCAUGUGUAAUUAAUCUAAUCCCCUAUAUAUCAAAUUGAGAAGCAUUUUCAGAUUU